AUGGGGUGUGACAAGAAAGAGACAAUGAAUCCAAACACUCGCUGCGUAUCGUUCGUCGAAAACCUUCAGUUAGAAAUUUCCGAUAGCUUGUUCAAUGAAUCCAUUUUGCUUGCUGAUGUCGAUAACGACGACGAUUACGAGUUGGUGGUCGGUCAAAUAAAUGGCGACUUGUUGAUCUUCAAAGGCAGUAGCCAAAAACCAUGGCGAACUUGUCGAAAAUUGGGAAUGAUAACGUGCGUUGGAGUGGGGGACUUAUGGAAUCAGGGUGAAAAUUUACUUUUUUGUAUCACUGCAGAGGGAUGGUGUCAUAUGUUUUACGUAAGUUACAAUGUUCAGCACGUAAAAUCCUAAUGGUGCGGUUGAAGUUAUGCCUUCUAGACCGACAUAUCUCGGUCGAUAUAUCGGCCGCGGAUUGUCGGUCGAUAUGUCGACCGACAUAUCGUUCGAGUGUCGGUCGAUAUGUCGACCGGUGUAUCGGUCGAGGGGUGCACAAAUUACACAUGAUCCUUUAACUUGAGAACUUAAUAAUGAUUAUUUUAUUUUACCCACCAGUUUUGUAUAAAACUCGAUCCCUUAUGAUUGCAGGGAGUGAGGAAAACCAUUUACAAAUGAUAUUUGUGUCUUCCGUGAUAGGCGAAUCUUUGCUGACGUCAUUGUUUACAUUUUUCCUCAUUAGCAUGUGACUUACUCAUAGAAGCGUGUAUAUAAACUAAAUGCAAAAAGUUGAACGAGCUGAUUAAGCUGAGUAAUUUGUGCAAUUUUCAGCUCUUUACAAGCAAUGUUGAAGGGAAUAUCAGCCGUCAAAAACUGCAAUAUUGCUGGGUGGCAAAAAAGUUAAUGAGCCAUACAUUCUCUGUAAAAGUUGAAAUUUUUCGGAGAGAAUUUCUCCGAAACCAUUUGGUGUAUUGGGCUCAAAUUUUCAGAGAACACUGGAACUGUUAUGCCCUUUCAAUAUUCAGAGUUUUUGUUUUAUUAGCGUCAUCAGAUAGUGAAAAGCAUAUGUUAAUGAGGCAAAAAGUGUAAGCAAAGAUUUGCCUGUAACACAUGAAGUGAAUUUCGCAUGGUGGGCCUCUAGUGCUGGGUGUCCUGUGGUUUCAUUUGGAAUCUUUUUUGCAUCUUUUGUCCUGGUUUUCAAUUGCUGGGAUAACCACGGAUGAUCAGGGAUUUGUCUGUUUCCUGACCGUCCCAGACUUUGCUGACUAAUACUAAACUGGAAACCAUCAAUAUUGUUUGAGAUGGGCAGAGAGACAAAUAGGGAGAAUUGGGAACAUUUCUAUUUUUCCGAUGCAACCCAGGCCCCAGUUGUUCAAAAGUUGAAUAGCAUCUUCCACCAAAUAGCAUCCAGUGGAUAUUGGGAAAACCAAUAUAAUUAUUGUUAUUGCACUAUCCAGUGGAUAAAGAUUUAUCACGUGGGUAGGGCUAUCAACCUUUUUAACAACUGGGGCCAGAUCUCUGCUAUAUAGUCAUUCCCGACAUAUGAAAACUCAAAUUUGUACUGUUGAGGAUGCUGUGGAUGGGUGCAACAUUUUUGCUUGGGCCCAGUUCUUUAACUGCUUAUCAGGACAGCUGACCUAUCCUCUCAAACUUUAUGGAAUCAGGGUGAAAAUUUACUUUUUUGUAUCACUGCAGAGGGAUGGUGUCAUAUGUUUUACGUAAGUUACAAUGUUCAGCGCGUAAAAUCCUAAUGGUGCGGUUGAAGUUAUGCCUUCUAGACCGACAUAUCUCGGUCGAUAUAUCGGCCGCGGAUUGUCGGUCGAUAUGUCGACCGACAUAUCGGUCGAGUGUCGGUCGAUAUGUCGACCGGUGUAUCGGUCGAGGGGUGCACAAAUUACACAUGAUCCUUUAACUUGAGACCUUAAUAGUGAUUACUUUAUUUUACCCACCAGUUUUGUAUAAAACUCGAUCCCUUAUGAUUGCAGGAAGUGAGGAAAACCAUUUACAAAUGAUAUUUGUGUCUUCCGUGAUAGGCGAAUCUUUGCUGACGUCAUUGUUUACAUUUUUCCUCAUUAGCAUGCGACUUAACUCAUAGAAGCGUAUAUAUAAACUAAAUGCAAACAGUUGAACGAGCUGAUUAAGCUGAGUAAUUUGUGCAAUUUUCAGCUCUUUACGAGCAAUGUUGAAGGGAAUAUCAGCUGUCAAAAACUGCAAUAUUGCUGGGUGGCAAAAAAGUUAAUGAGCCAUACAUUCUCUGUAAAAUUUCAAAUUUUUCGGAGAGAAUUUCUCCGAAACCAUUUGGUGUAUUGGGCUCAAAUUUUCAGAGAUCACUGAAACUGUUAUGACCUUUCAAUAUUCAGAGUUUUUGUUUUAUAAGUGUCAUCAGAUAGUGAAAAGCAUAUGUUAAUGAGGCAAAAAGUGUAAGCAAAGAUUUGCCUGUAACACAUGAAGUGAACUUCGCAUAGUGGGCCUCUAGUGCUGGGUGUCCUGUGGUUUCAUUUGAAAUCUUUUUUGCAUCUUUUGUCCUGGUUUUCAAUUGCUGGGAUAACCACGGAUGAUCAGGGAUUUGUCUGUUUCCCGACCGUCCCAGACUUUGCUGACUAAUACUAAACUGGAAACCAUCAAUAUCGUUUGAGAUGGGCAGAGAGACAAAUAGGGAGAAUUAGGAGCAUUUCUAUUUUUCCGAUGCGUCCCGGGCCCCAGUUGUUCAAAAGUUGAAUAGCAUCUUCCAUCAAAUAGAAUCCAGCGGAUAUUGGGAAAACCAAUAUUAUUGCACUAUCCAGUGGAUAGAGAUUUAUCACGUGGAUAGCGCUAUCCACCUUUUUAACAACUGGGGCCAGAUCUCUGCUAUAUAGUCAUUCCUGGCAUAUGAAAACUCAAAUUUGUACUGUUGAGGAUGCUGUGGAUGGGUGCAACAUUUUUGCUUGGGCCCAGUUCUUUAACUGCUUAUCAGGACAGCUGACCUAUCCUCUCAAACCUGUAAAGGCUGCACUAGUGAAAUAGUCGCAGUCCGUUGGGUAUUUUUUCAGAGUGACAGUGAGAUGUAAUUGUAGAAAGGCUUAACUGCAGGCUCAAUGAAAAUCCUGAAAACAAAAUGACUUAAGAAGGGGGAACUUCCUGGUUUAUACACACAGAACAGGCAGUGAGGUUUCAUUUGAAUGGUAACACCAUAAGAUUUUUGCAGACUCAAAAAGUUAGGAUGAGUGUAUUAGAACCUCACUUUACAUAUUUUAAGACUUUAUCAUUCACUCUGGGAGUUAAUUAAAGGGCCAAAUUGCAAAAAUGAUUUAUUCAACAAGAAAUAUUAAAUUUCAUUAAUUAACUGCCCAAAGACUUUUGUGUACUAAAUACUGCACAUAGCUGCCAAAAACAUUAUGCAGUGUUUUCAAGUGAGUAUUUCUGACUUGUUUCAGCCUUCUCAAUCAUUUUCAUCUUGGGCAAUAAAUAUCCAUAAGGUGGCGCUACACAUAUUUAAUCUACCAUGAUUUGAGCUGCACUUAUGUAGCCUUUAAACAGCUUCAGGUAGGCUCCCAACUGGAGCAGAGCAGAAAAGAAAAGCAGCGAGCGAAGCAUGCCAAGUGUGGACUGGGGGAGAUGAGAAGGCAGGGGAGCCUUUAGACUUUGCUUUGAUGCUGCCCAAUCCACCAACUUGCAAUUAUCCAGUAUCACAUAUAUGUCUAUAACAUGUCAAAAAGGUUUAAAUAUUACACCUGUCAAAGUAUGGUGUUUUUUACCCUUGAAUGCAUUGGCUUCAAUAUCGUUCGCAUGCACAUGGGUAUAAAUUUUGCGGAAAUGUGGAAUGUAGCUAGCAUUCAAUAUUCAUGGCUCAUUUGUCAACAGUCAGUGAUCUGACCAAUCAGAUCAUGACCAGACCUGUUUGCAGGCUACACUAAUUAUGUUUUGUUAUGUGCAGAUUACGACAAGUUCAUCAGAGGACAGUCUAGAACCAGUCUCCUCUCAACUCCUUCCAUCCAAUUGUAAAGUAGUCCUACUAGCAGAUGUUGAUGGAGAUGGCUCAUUGAAGCUGAUCACAGGGCAUGCUGAUAGAGUUGUCCAUGUUCACAAGCUUCAGGCUGAUCAAAACACUGAAGCUAGUGUCCAAGAAAAGCUAUUAACAGGUACUUUUUCUGUCAAUAAUCUGUUUGGUGGAUGCCUUUCAAAGUUAAUUGGGACAUUUCCCUUUUUCAGUUUCAACUUUGUUUUCUCUUUACUAUCAACAUGAGAUGCCAAAAGUAAAGCUACUUUCCAAAUUGUAAGGUGGGUGUGGUUCAGGACAUUACACUUAGCCUUACAUGAGGGAAGUUUGGGCUAAAUUUCCAAGUGAGGGCACAUCAAAAGUUGGGGUUGUCCUUCGUAUACCGGGAUCUGAAAUAUUUAAUACAAAUAACUAUAUCGAUGUUAACUCAAGGAAAUGAAAGGCAGUCAUGCAUUUCACUGAUAUUCUUAACAUUUCCAUACUAAUAAUUUGAGGGUCAGUGACUCACCAUGAGAGGGGUGGGUCUAAAAGAAGUGUCAUGAGAGAGGCUAAGUUCAUGAUAGUUCCAAUUAAGUAAUUAUGUUCGUAAUCAUAACUAUAACAAAAUUGUCAAAUCUGAUUGGCUAUCAACUGCCCUGAUUCCAGUUUAAUAGGACAGUCCCAGGACAGUACGCGUCAUGCCUAAUUAAUUGGACAGUACGCGCCAUCACGCGUGCGCUUAAAUGGCCUUUUUUUUUCACUGCUAGCAAAAAAAAAAUUUCGAAUUUCUUGUGUUUUGAUUUAAAAAAUAGCCUAUUAUAUCACAAAUUUUGUUAAAGUUAUGAUUAAUUGGUAACAGAACUUCGUGUCGUCCAAUUCGGUCUGUAAUCAUACUCAAAAUCGGACUCCCGCUAAGCUGUCGUCCGAUUUUGUUAAUCACUCGUAUGAUUACAGACCGAAUUGGACUCCACUCAGUCCUGUUACCAUUACUAAUCUUUGUGUCGCAGAAACUGAAGAAGACAAAAAGAAGGUAAACAGUGCUACUCUAGCAUCCUCUGCCUCUCAGUCAAGCAAGCAGGAUGCACCAAAGGAUAACACAAAAGAGAAAAUGGAGAGGAAAAAUUCCAAACAGGAAGAAAAAGUCAGUUUAGUAGAUAAUAAGAAUGGAAAGGAACAAAUCAGUUUAAAAGGAGGGUCAGAAAAACCUUGUGCGUUUGGAUGGUCUUUUGUCAGCCUAAAGACCUGGACGGUUUCGUACCAGAUAAAUUCUCUAGUAGUGUUUGAUGUUAUGAAAACUAGAUAUUUACUUGCGUCACAGCCNNNNAUCACUCGUAUGAUUACAGACCGAAUUGGACUCCACUCAGUCCUGUUACCAUUACUAAUCUUUGUGUCGCAGAAACUGAAGAAGACAAAAAGAAGGUAAACAGUGCUACUCUAGCAUCCUCUUCCUCUCAGUCAAGCAAGCAGGAUGCACCAAAGGAUAACACAAAAGAGAAAAUGGAGAGGAAAAAUUCCAAACAGGAAGAAAAAGUCAGUUUAGUAGGUAAUAAGAAUGGAAAGGAACAAAUCAGUUUAAAAGGAGGGUCAGAAAAACCUUGUGCGUUUGGAUGGUCUUUUGUCAGCCUAAAGACCUGGACGGUUUCGUACCAGAUAAAUUCUCUAGUAGUGUUUGAUGUUAUGAAAACUAGAUAUUUACUUGCAUCACAGCCAGGAGGUACUUAUGCCAUUCUCAUGUCGUCGGCCUUGAACCAACAAGAAGCGCCGGAAGAAAAGGUAAUGGAAAACUGUUUUUUUACUAUGAUACUAAUGAGCUGCCUUGACGCAGCUCAGUAGAAAUCUCGUCGAAGCCUUCGCCAUUUAUAAAUUUUGCAAACAUUUACUGAUAUACUGAUUGUAUACUUAUAAAGGAAUUUCUGUUCGAAUUGUCCUGCACUGAAAAAUGACCAAAGUGCGCAGUAAUUACCCAGAGGGUGUGGCAUGGUUUCCAGCACCGCCGUUAUUUACAGCUCAUCUAGCGCAGGAGACCCAGGUGCUAGUCUGCACAGGUCUUGUGGCGGUUUCCUUAGGGAGGGGAGCACGAAAGAGCGGCGAGGUUUCUCAUUGUUUCCACUCCAUUGUUCUCUCGGCUUUGCCUCUUGCUUUCUGCUCCCCUCAGGGGCUACACGAAAACGGGCAAGGCGGGGUAGAGUGGGGUGCCGGACCCUAACAUUAGCCAUUUUGUGGUUGCGUCAGGAGCCCAUAACCCGGAUAAAGCAACUUCCAUGUACUCGUUUCAAGGCGUUUUCACCAACCAGGUUAUUUUUAAGAGCGAUUUUGGCGCGAAUUUAGAAUAUCUUUUAAGUCCCACAAAUCAGUCAGUAAAUCCCACUGACUUGAAAAUGGUAUCCUUGGUUGAACUGUUCAUGACGUUUAAUUUUCCCCAGCUUAUCUUAUACUUUGAAUGCGCUCGAUUUUGCGGGAAAAACUGGUCACCGUCUCAUGCGUAAAGUUAACGUCAGAAUUAAGACAUACAGUGGUAUCAGCUACCUUUUCUGGUAAAUACAAUAAGAAUCAGUAGAUUUAUGUAACUAUCGUGAAGUCUAACACAGCUCUGUAGUGAAAAAAAAGGUAUCUAAAAUAAACGUGUCCGUGAAAACGCCGGGACAUAGUCUUAAUAUGGCAAUUGCUCGCUCUAGGUUAUGGGCUACUGGUUGUGUUUUAGACUGAGCCGGUGUUCAGGGCUGUUGAGUCGAAUUGCACAAUGGCUCAAACGUCCCCAGCAGCGAAGAACGAGGAGAAACAGAUGCUUUCGCAGGCUACUCUGUUUUGGGUUACGCAGUUUGACCCAGAUUCUUGUGCAACCCCGUAAGAGCAAAGAAAAAAGAACCAGAAAAGAAGCGAUAGUGUUCUCAAAACUGUUCCAAAGUGCACUGAUUCUGACACAACAACGAGCCGAGAUCACUCGAAAUGUAGAAAGUAUCGGCUGAAACUGAGAAAUCUGUUUAUUCAUUCAGUGACGCAGGUUACUUGGAAAAACAAAACCGAGUAUUCUCAACAGGAGUGGGUCUAACCUACGACCUCCUCUGGUGGUUACUAAAAAAACGUUUGCAAACUGACCUAAAACAGGACGAGCAGGACGUUAGCGAAACGACUCGUCGGCGAAAGACCGUUAAACCCUCUAGUAUUACUUAUUAUACAGUACCUCAGUACCCCUCUCACAUUCACAUUGCAUUUUAACCUUCGUAACAGGCGUUUCCAAUAAAACUUUCUCGACGAACUCGCGCGAAAACUCGCGCCAUGGAAGGUAAUUUAAGACAGACUUAGAUUCUGGAUCUCAGGCUGUGGAUUCCGGAUUACAGGUACUGGUUUCCAGUCUUUGUCAGUGGAACUUGGAUUCUGAAUUCCAAACGUUAGUAAGAUUUCAAGCUGUAUUAAUUCCGGACUCCAUAAGCAAAAUUUUCCUGCAUUCCGGAUUCCAAAAACAAAAAUUUCCUGGAUUCCGGAUUUUGGAUUCCAAUUCAGAUUUCCUACAUUGGACGACCGAAACGCUUGCUACGCAGGCUAACCGCAUUUAUUUUUGUAUGAAUUAGAGUGGUUUUCGUUUGAGUGUCGUAAAACCAAAACCAAAGUAAUUACUCUGGCCAAUCACAUAGGACACAGACAAUACAUUGAACCAAUCAAAACUCGAAGUAAUUACAUGUGGCUGACGCAAAGCGCGGGAAAAUGCAUGCGAGCGCGUCACAAUUGGCUUUGGUUUUACUUCUGAUUGGAUGAAAAGGUGGCGCGAAUCUUUUAAGCCAAUCGCAUCGUGUAGAAAGUGCAAAACCAAUUACUUUUCGACACUCAAAUGAAAACCGCUCUAUGCUGUAGCUCGGCACUGACUUGCUUUGCUUGAUUUUUGCGAUUAGAUUUCUUGCUCUCCCUCAUCAUCGAUCUUGAACCAGUUACCUGUUCUUUGGGGACGAAACAAAGGCAUCCCAACAAAUCUAAUCACUUUGAAAUGCCACGACAGCGCAGGCACGGAAUUGGCAAAUUCAACUCUUGCUGAUCAAGCUCCGAGUUACCUAGUUUUGUGUAACCAAGACGGUCAGUUGGUGUUCAUGAGCGCAAACAAGAAUCACAGCUGGUCCAUGCGUGUAGACCAAGGUAACUACAAACUAUUCGCGUUGUCGAAGCUUGACAUUACCAAAGAUGGCAACGAGGAAGUGGCCAUUUGCUCCUGGGAUGGUGUCACCUAUUUUGUCGACUAUCUCAGGAAUGUCGUACAGUUUAAGUUUGGUGAAAAUGUUUUGGCUUUCUGCGCGGGAUAUUAUGCUUAUAACGCUGGAAACAAUCUCUCUGCGCUGGUGUAUGUGACGUCGUUCAAUCGUAUCGUUGUUUAUUGGAACGCACGCCUGUCCGCAAUGGUUCCCGCUAGCAGUGGCAUUAAGAUGAAACGCAACACUUCAAAGGACAGAGAAUCAAGAACUGCUGUUAGUACUGAAACAGCUGAUAGCAUCAACAGUAAUCAGAACACGUAG